AUGAAUACAAUAAUUUCUGAUAGCGGUCAAAAAACUGAUAUUGAAGAUGUUAAUGAAUUUCUUGAAAAUAAUAGAAAAAAAUUUUUAAAACAUCUGGAAUAUUUCCAAUUAUUUAUAUUUUCUAUAUCAAUAAUUUUAUUUUUACAUUCAUAUUAUGAAUUGAAUAAUCUUGAAAAUCGUCUACUUUUUACAGCAAUGAAAAUACAACAUUUUAAAAAAAUAAAACUACAAGAAACUUGGAAUAAAAGAAUAAAAAAAGAAAUAAUUGACAAUAGUAAUAUUGAUCCAAUAGUUUCAAUUGAUCCAGAUAAUCAAAAUUAUAAUUUAACCAAAUCUGAAAUGUGGCUUCAAUCAUUGUCAAAAAUUCGUAUGAAUGAAUUAAUGGAUAAAUGUUUGGAUUUACAUGAGUAUUGUGUUGAUGAAAAUGGAUCAGAAAGAGGGCCUCCAGGUCCUCCUGGUAUACAAGGUAAACCUGGACCACCAGGAAAUCCUGGUCCUCCUGGAAAGGAAGGUCUGUUUGGACUUCCAGGACCUCCUGGUCCAUCUGGUCCACCAGGCCAAAAAGGUAACAAUGCUAUUUGUCCAAAAUGUACAGUAGCAACAGAAUUUGAAAUGACUAGUAAAAAAGAUCAAUGUCCAAAAAUUGAAGAAAUGAAAUGUCCUAAUUAUAACAUUUUUGGAGAUAAAUUUAAAGAUCAAGAAAUGCCUUAUGUUAUUGAGAAGGCUUUACCAAUUAUUGUUGAACGUAUGAUUGAAAAUAUGACAGAAGUUGAAUCAUGCAUGCGUGUUUGUCUAACAAAUAUAACAGAUGAUUGGUUUGUCCAACCAGAAGUUACAGAAACACCAUAUAUUAAAGGAGCAACAGCUCAUUGUUAUUUAGAAGGAGUUGGUCGUCCAGUUUUUCAUGCUCACUCAAAUACAUUUUAUGGUGCGUGGAUGAGAGAUGCAUAUCCAAAGACUGGUAAAGAUUCUGACAAAAGAUGGUUAGCACCACAUUUUCAAGGUGAUGUAUUACAUGAAUACACAUCUGAAAGUGAUUUAAGAAGGCAAAAUAUUGAAGAAAGUCAUAUAUUACCAUAUGUUUAUUCUGGUACAAAUCCUACAUUUUUUAAUGGAAGUUUUUAUUAUCAAAGAGUUGGAUAUCCUUCAAUUAUUAAAUAUGACAUAGCAACAAAACGAUAUAAAGAAUUAUUUAUGGGUGAUCAUGUAUCAUUUCGUAAAAAAAAUUAUCUUUUUAAUCUUCAUAAUAAUUAUUUUGACUUGGCUGUUGAUGAGAAUGCUUUAUGGGUUAUGUUUCAUUAUGAAGAUGAACCAUUUUUAUCCGUAUCUAAAGUUGAUAUUUCAAAUUUAACAAUUUAUCAAACAUGGAAUCUUACAAUGGUUAAUCAUACAGAUGUUGGAAAUGGUUUUGUUGUUUGUGGAGUUUUAUAUUUAGUUAAAAAUACAACUGAUAUUAAAUCAGAAAUAUUUAUUUCUUAUGAUUUUUAUAGAGAUAAAUAUAAAGCUCCAAAUAUUAAGUGGGUGAAUUUGUAUCAAAAUACAAAUAUGAUAUCAUAUAAUCCAUUUGAUAAAAGAAUUUAUAUUUAUGAUCAUGGUUAUUUACUAACUGUACCUGCAAGAAUUCAUUGGAGAGCAAAAAGAAAUACUAAUGAGGAGAACACGGAUGAGUUAUUAUAUGAAAUUGAUGACAUGAAAGAAAAUUUUUACACAAAUGUUUAA